AUGACGUCGAUCUCGGCCGAAGAAAGGCACUUGCAGCGACUGAUCUUGGAGGAUUACCUCAACGAAUACCUCCUCGCUGAUCCCAACCGCAUCCCCAACAUCCGGAAGGCCAAGUGUAUCUUGGGAAUGGUGAAGCAGGGAGCGGACAGCACGGAGAUGGUGGGACUGGGCGAAUGGGGAAGCUUCAGUCAUGCGAACUGCUGCUUGCCACGGACUGUUCUUGAGCAAACGGUCGAAAGGAUCCCUGAGAUCAUGUCGCUGAAGGCUAUGAUCCGUGUUGUUACAGAGGCACAUGCAGGUGCGGCGGCCCUCGAUGAAACGAUCGAGAAUGCCUACGAGAAUGCCAUAAAUGCUGAGGACACGGGCUCCAGCUACAUGUGCAUGUCUCCGGGCAAGAUCGACGAGGCGCUUGCAAAAUCUGCGUAG